AUGAGGAAAGAAAGAUCUUUGGCUACUAAUGCUGUCCUGGGCAACCAGAGGUUCAUCCUGGGGCUGGUAGAGGACCUGGAGCCAGGUAAAGUGGCCAUCAGCUCCUCCAGCCCCAUUGCCACAGCUUCGUUGCCAGCCCUGUCCCAGGCCAGACACACACCCCUCAGCCAGGGGGAGAUCUUCAAGCUGCCAGGCAGGCUGAGAAUCCAGCCCUCCCUGUGGAGCAAGGAGGACGUGAUCCACUGGCUGAGGUGGGCUGAGGAGCAGUGUUCCCUCCAGCAGACCCACGAGAGCAGGUUCCAGCUGAACGGCAGAGCCCUCUGCAUCCUCACCAAGGAUGACUUCAGACACCGAGCGCCGAGCUCAGGUGAUGUGUUGUAUGAAAUACUCCAGUAUAUUAAGACUCAAAGAAGAGCUCUGGUGUGCAGCCCGUUGCUGAACUCACCCUUCAGGGAAGCCAGGAGCACAAAGAAAGCUCAGCCAGCAGAACCCAUCCCAGUUGCACACUACCUGAGCAAGGCAAGCAGGACAGACCUGGAGGUGUCAGCCAGGUCCAACAAAGUCCAUGUCAUCAAGGAACUUUAUAGUCCUGAAGAAGGUCUGAGCCUGGAGGGCAGCUGCAGGGCAGGUGCCAUCUGCUCUUUUCCUGGCACCCUGUCAGCCCCAGUGGAUGGGAAAAUUGCAGACUGCAGGCUGCUGUGGGACUACGUGUACCAGCUCCUCUCUGACACCCGUUAUGAGCCCUACAUCAGGUGGGAAGACAAGGAGGCCAAGGUCUUCCGCGUCGUCAACCCCAACGGGCUCGCCCAGCUCUGGGNCUCCUUCCAGAACCGGAUGAACAUGACAUAUGAGAAGAUGUCACGAGCACUCAGACAUUACUACAAACUCAACAUCAUCAAAAAGGAGCCAGGGCAGAAGCUCUUGUUCAGGUUUUUGAAAACUCCAGGGGAGAUCAUCCAUGAGAAAUCCAGCAAACUGGAGCAGCUGGAGAAUGAGGACCAUGAAGAUCUGAAGGAAGACCCACUGGAGGUUUCUCUAGGGAUCUGUGAAGGUGGCACUUGCAGUGCCUUGCAGACAGGCUUGUGCUCCUCUGGGAAGUGCUGGCCUCUUGUGCAUCUCCAACAGAAGGCUACAGAGCUGGUCCUGGAUUUCAAAACCUGUCCUGAGCCAAAACUGUGA